GGCAGCGGGCGAUGGCGGCAGCAGCGGCGGCGGGGCUGCUGGGCUGGCUGCUGGCCGCGCUCUGCUUGGGCUACGCCGCUGGGGAGGCGGCGCAGGGCCCGCGAGUGCUGGGCGUCUGCCUGGAGCAGGCUGGGGCAGCGGGCGCAGCGUGGGCACGCGGAGGGGAGGUGCCGGCUGCGCCCGAGGCCACCUUCCGCUUGCGCCUCUUCGGCUGGGGCUUUGCUAACAGCUCCUGGUCCUGGGCGGCCCCCGAGGGGGCGGGCUGCCCCGAGGGCGGGCCGGUCGCGGCGCCCGGUGAGGCGGCGGCCCCUACUGGAGAGUGGCGCGCGCUGCUGCGCCUGCGCGCCGAGGCCGAGCGCCCGCACUCGGCGCAGCUGGGGACGCGCGGGGAGCCCGGCGGCGCGCCGGCGGCCGCCCCCGCGGGCGAGUGGCGUGCGCUGCUGCGCUUGCGUGCCGAGGCUGUGCGCGCGGAGCCGAGCGUCGCGGCGGCGUUCCAGGAGGCGGUGCCACCGUGGGUGCUUGGAUUGGGGGCGGCGGGGCUGCUGGCGCUGGCAGCCCUGGCACGGGGUCUCCAGCUGAGCGCGCUGGUGUUGGCACCAGCCGAGGUGCAGGUACUCCGCGAGAACGGCUCAGAGGCGGAGCGCGCGGCGGCGCGGCGCCUGGAGCCGGCGAGGCGCUGGACCGGCUGCGCCCUAGGCGCGCUGCUGCUGCUAGCCAGCCUGGCACAGGCGGCGCUGGCUGUGCUGCUGUACAGCGCGGCCGGCCAGCGCGCCGUGCCUGCCGUGUUGGGCAGCGCGGGGCUCGCGUUCCUGGUGGCUGAGGUGCUGCCGGCCGCCGUGAGCGGACGCUGGACGCUGGCUCUGGCUCCGCGCGCUCUGUCGCUCAGCCGCCUGGCCGUGCUGCUCACCUUGCCUGUGGCGUUGCCGGUGGGGCAGCUGUUGGAGCUGGCGGCGCGACCGGGGCGGCUGCGAGAGCGUGUGCUGGAGCUGGCACGAGGCGGCGGGGACCCCUACAGCGACCUAAGCAAGGGUGUGCUGCGCUACCGGACAGUGGAGGAAGUGCUGACGCCGCUUGAAGACUGCUUCAUGCUCGACUCCAGCACCGUGCUGGACUUUGGCGUUUUGGCUAGCAUCAUGCAGAGCGGCCACACGCGCAUCCCGGUGUACGAGGAGGAGCGCUCCAACAUCGUGGACAUGCUCUACCUCAAGGACCUGGCCUUUGUGGACCCCGAGGAUUGCACGCCGCUUAGCACCAUCACCCGCUUCUAUAACCAUCCGCUCCACUUUGUCUUCAACGACACCAAACUCGACGCCGUUCUGGAGGAGUUCAAGCGAGGGAAGUCCCACCUGGCCAUCGUGCAGAAGGUGAACAACGAGGGUGAAGGUGACCCCUUCUAUGAGGUCCUGGGCCUGGUCACCCUGGAGGAUGUCAUUGAGGAGAUUAUUAAGUCCGAGAUCCUGGACGAAUCUGAGGACUACCGAGACACCAUGGUGAGGAAGAAGCCUGCUUCUCUCAGUGCCCCUCUCAGACGGAAAGAGGAAUUCUCUUUGUUCAAGGUGUCUGAUGAAGAGUGUAAAGUGAAAAUCUCGCCUCAGCUGCUCUUGGCCACCCAGCGCUUCCUUUCCCGAGAGGUGGAUGUGUUUAGCCCAUUGCGAAUCUCCGAGAAGGUCCUGCUGCACCUGCUGAGGCACCCCAGUGUCAACCAGGAGGUGAGGUUUGACGAGAGCAACCGCCUGGCUGCACAUCAUUACCUGUACCAGCGUAGCCGGCCUGUGGAUUACUUCAUCCUCAUUCUGCAGGGCAGGGUUGAGGUGGAGAUUGGGAAGGAGGGCCUGAAGUUUGAGAAUGGGGCCUUCACCUAUUACGGCGUGUCUGCCCUGACCAUGCCGUCCUCGGUUCACCAGUCCCCAGUGUCCUCGCUCCAGUCCCUCCGCCAUGACCUGCAGCCUGAGCCAGCUGACGGCACCCACUUGCCCACUUAUUGUCCUGACUACACCGUGAGGGCACUCUCUGACCUGCAGUUCAUCAAGGUCACACGGCUACAGUACCUCAAUGCACUCCUGGCCACCCGAGCUCAGAACCUGCCACCAUCCCCUGAGAACUUGGACCUCCAGGUCAUUUCAGGCAGCCAGACCAGGCUCCUCAGUGACAGGACAGCCUCAGCAGCAGCCUGCCCAGUAGAUGUUCCCCUCUUUGGCACAUCUGGAAACUGCAUUUGAUAAUUGACUGGACUAGUGAGCAUUUUUUGUUUUAAGAAAACACCCGAGGGUCCAGCCACGGCAGACCCAGCCUCCCAGUGGAGGAGAGCCCUGGGCGGAACCCAGGAGUUUAACUGCUUGCCAGGCAGCCCCAGGUUUGGGGAAUAGACAAGCACGUGGGGAAUGAAGCGAGUCCAGCUGUGGAGUAGAUUCCUACCAGCCUGUCCUCAUCCCCUCCAGGCCACGUUUUAGAUGGCCCUUACAGAUGUGGGUCCUGAGCUAGUCUCAGAACCAGGCGUCAGUGCCGGGAGCCCUCAGGAGGUCCUGCCUCCUUUAGGAAAUGGGAGUCAGCUAGGCACAGCCCCCUAAGUCUGCUUCUGAAGGGAGUCAAAGGAACACCAUCAUUUCCAUUUUCCAGGCCCAGCCUUCUCCCUGUGACAGUGCAGUAUGCCUGUACCUCUUUGGGCCCAGCCAGGAUGUGAGUGCACAAUUACUGCCAUUAUGUGGCCGUGAUCUGUACUCGCUUUGCUCCUAAUCUGCCAACCGUCUGCUGCAGGCAGCACUGUGUGAGCAAACCAAAAGCACCAGUGUUGGGUCGGGGUUCAAAUCCACGGCCAUGGCUGUGGCGAACUUUGUGGCUUCUUUGACAGCGCCAUGUUUCAAAGCACAUCCCAGCCUGUCCUAUGUGCCAAACCUGGAAUCACGAUUCUUCGCAAGUCUGUGCCACUUGUCCGCUCCCUCCUGUGGAGGUGGCUUUUCUGACCCUUACAGAGCCCUAAGCAAGCCAGCUGGCCCCCUGGGGGACUGAGGCGGCCUGCUCUUCCUGCUGUACUAGUGACCAUUAACAGUAUUGUCACUUUGUGUUUUAACAAGAAGUCACGUAUGAGAGGAAGGGCUCUUCUGUUGCACCUAAUUCUUCCUUCCUUGUCAGAUCCAAGGAGAGUAACCAAGUAUUGGACCACUUUCACCCCGUCCUGGCCCUCGGUGGGGGACCGUGUGUCUGUGAGUGCGUGGAAGGCAGCGGAGGGAGGGAAGGGUUGGAUGAGGACUAGGCGGCUCACUAUCACCUUUCUUUAAAAAAGCAAACAAACAUGAAAUCAAAGUUUUUCUGUAUCUCUGAAACAUUUUAAGCUUUUUGCCUGUUUCCUGUCCUGAGCUAUGGGGUUUUAGAGAAUCAGGAACAAGAAGGCACUUGUCUUUUUCUUCUGGUUUACCUUUAUUUACCGCCCACAGUUCUUCAGCUCUGUAGAAACUGGGGCAUCACAGUGCCUAGGAUCUUAGGGACCUAGGAUCUUAGAUUGGUAGGGGGAGAGAAGGAUUUCUGGAAAAUUUCUCAAAAGAAUUUGGGUCCUUGUCUGGGAUCAGUGGAAAUGAAGGUCAAACAGCAGUGCCGUGCUUGCUGAGAAGUUCUCAAGGAAUUUACUCCAAGAGCAAAAUCCCAAGUGGGAAACAGAUACAGCAGGUCCUUGAAAAAUGUCUCCUCCUAAUGUGGAUGAGAUGCCCUCGGAACUUCACUCUUGCUUCUAUCAAUCAGUCUAUGGUAAAAGUAGCUACAUUGUAGUCCGCUCACUUAAAAGUUGCAGAACCUAUUUGACAGUGAGGACUUACUGUACUUUAAAAUCCUGUUUCUCCAGAACAGUGGUUCUUCGCCUUGGCUGCACAUGAGAAUCACCUGGCAAGUUAAAAACACUGAGACCUGGACCCACGCCAGGAUUUAGCAUCAGGAUUUUAUUUUUAAAAAUAAUUUUAGAGUCAUAGAAGAGUUCCAUGUACCUACCUUUCAUCUAGCUUUCCCUAAUAUUAACAUCUUACAUCACCUUGGUACUUUUAGCAAAACAAGAGAUUAACUUUGGUACAAAAAUAAAUCACACUUUAUUUGGAUUUUAGCAAUUUUUCUAAUGGGCUUUUUUCAGUCGCAGGAUCCAAUCCAGGAUACCAAUUUGCAUUUAGAGCUAUUACUUUUUUUGUCUCUUUGUUUUGAAAUAAUUAUAGAUUCAUAGGAAGUUGCAAAGGUAGAGGUACCCUUCACCCUGUUUUCCUCAAUGGUUACAUCUUUCUUAGUUAUAAUACAGUAUCAAGCCAGGAAUCAAGACACUGGACAGUGAGGGUGUAUAGUUAUAUUACCACCUCACGUGUAGCUUUGUGUAACCACCACUACAAUCUAGAUACAACUGUCCCAUCAACAUCAGGGUCUCCCUCCAACUACUUUUAGAGUCACACCCACCCCGUCUGGCCACCAUCCCUAAUCCCUGGUAACCACUGAUCUGUUUGUCAUCUCUAUAAUUUUAUUUUAAGAAUGUUGUAUAAAUGGGAUCGUAUAAUGUGCAACCAUUUUGGAUUGGCUUUGCUCAGCAUGUACCCUGGAGAUUGAUCCAGGUUGUUGGUGUGUGUCGGUAGUUCAUCCCUUCUCAUGGUUGCAUGGUAUUCCAUGAUGAAUGCUCAUUGUUCCCGUUAAGGUCAUGGAGGUGGUUCCCAGUUUUUGGCUAUUCCAAAUAAAGCUGCUAUGAACAUUCAUUACAGGUUUUUGUGUAAACGUUGGUUUCUUUCUCUGAGAUAAAUGUCCAGUAGUACAAUUACUAAAUUAUAUGGUCAUUGCAUGUUUAGUUUUUAAAAACUGUUUCAGAGUGGCUAAACCAUUUUACAUCCCCACCAGCAAUGUAUGACUGUCCCAGUUUCCCGAAUCCUCGCUAGCAUUUCUUAUUGUCGCUCUUUUUUAUUUUAGCCAUUCCGGUAGGUAUGUAGUGAUACCUUAUUGUGAUUUUCAUUUGUAUUAACAUAAUGGCUAAUGUAUAUCUUUCCAUGUGCUUUCACUAUAUGAAAUAUCUGUUCAUGUCUUUUGUCCAUUUUCUAAUUGGAUCGUUUAGUUUUUUUACCGUGGAGGUUUUUUAAGAGUUCUUAAUAUAUAUUUUAAAUACUAGUCCUUUGUCAGGGUUUUGGUUUAUGAAUAUUUUCUCUCAUUCUUAUUAGCUUAUUUUUUCAUCCUCUAAACAGGAUAUUUUACAGAGCAAACGUUUUUAAUUUUGAUAAAGUCCAAUUUACUGAUUUUUUUUUAAUAGAUUAUGUUUUUGGUGUCAUGGGUAAGAAUUCUUUACCUCCCACUAGAUUCUGAAGAUUAUCUCCUAUGUUUUAUUUUCCUAAACUUUAUAGAUUUGUUUUACAUUUAUGUGUGGGAUCCAUUUUGAAUUAAUUUUUGCAUAAG